AUGAAUCCCCCAGUCCGUGUCGCGGUUCAGGGCGCCUACCUCGUCGCUAUUUUCUUCACAGCAGUGACUUUCGGAGCACUAGCGCUUGUAUUUAAGGAAUUAACAGAGGGGCUUGGCUGUCUUUUAGGCGGGUUCUGCAGCAGCAUGUGGCUUCUCUCCCUUAAGCCCGGAGGCCUUCUUACAGAGACAAAUUCCAAAAGCGGGUUUAUCGGCGCUAUCUCAGUCGCAUUCUAUGCUCUGUCAUUCAGCCACUACACUCGGCCCUAUGGACUAAUGGCGUCGACUGGUAUUUCUGGGGGUACUGCUGUUGCAUUAGGGAUUGACUGUUUCAGUCGCGCCGGUUGGAAGGAGUUUUGGCUUUAUAUUUGGGCUCUGAACGACGACAUCUUCCCUUUGGGUACAAGCACCUACCCUGUGACUCGUAAUAUCAAAGUUGAGCUUGCCGCCACAGUCAUUAUUGCCGUGCUAGGUGUGAUCUCACAACUCAGGUUAUGGAAAGUAAUUCGGGAAAGAAGGCAGAAAGAGAACGAGGUUCGCGAAAAAGAGCAGAAGGAAAAAGAGGAGGCCGAGCUCGAGAUCGGGCGGAGGUUCGAAGAGAAGAAUAUAGAAGAGCGGUUAGAGUGGGAGGCCAGACAUGGCAAUCCCGACUCUGGCAUUCCAGAGCUUGCAGAUAAUUCAAAGAACGGAUGUACGACAGACCAUGCAGUCGAUGUGGAGAAAGGCGGUGCAAUUGACACGUCAAGUGUUGCAAGUUCUUCACAGGAGUCCUAUCGUUGCUCUGAUUGCCUAGAGAGGCGAGCGAAUGGUGAAUCUGCUUAUGCUGCUUCGCAAUCAAGUGGGGACACUGGAGACUCUCAGGGUCGACAACUAGAAGAUACCACGGUGGGAGUCGACACAGAAGACCAAGACCAAUCCUCUCUCGAUGGAGAAAAAGUCCCACUCAAAGUGUUUGAUGGGGCAGCCGCAGCCAAAAUCAAAGACGACAACAGUUCUGAUAUGACAGCUAUCGUUGGGUCCGAAGCCGGAACAAUACAAUCCAAGCGGCUUUCUGGCAGAGACCUGUUGGACAAGGUAUCUGCGGAAAAUAGCGUAAGGCUUAUAUCUCAAUCGCAAGAAGCACUGGUCUCCUGCGAUGGCUCAUCCACGCAAGACUCGGUAGACGGAAACUCUAUUUCCGCCUCUGAGAGUCACAGCAAUGUGGCGGGAAAUCAUAUGGAAGAAGAAAAUAGGCCUGCUUCUGAUUCGGAAGAUGCUUCAAUGCUCUCUGUCGUGCAGGAAGCUAAUGGUAAAGAGACAUCCGGGUUGGAGAAGGAUGUUGAAAAAAGCGUCGGGGAGCCCAGCGUCUAUUCGCGAGGGAUAGACGAGCAAAAGUUCGGCGAACUGGAACAAGAGGGGGACAAGCAGGAGAAGAAAGAGAAUAGCCCAACAAAGGAAGAAGCUAGCGAGCGCCUCCCACCAUCACCAUCACCAUCAGCAGCCCAUGCGAAGGACAUGCCCGAGCCAAAACUUGACAAGCAGUCCACAGAAGUACCUCAAGAAACCGAGAUAGUAGCCGAGACAACAGGGCCAGCAGAUCAAAAUGAUGACAAGCCACGAGUCGUUGGGUCCAAUGUGAAUGGCUCGGCCCCGAAAGAUCGAGAUUCUAAGCCAGUCGAAGUCAGUCAAUCAAAGGAGUCUUCAUCCAGAGAAACACCCCCAAAAAUCAAGGAUCCUGCCCCUGUCAAGCAGAGAUCUUCGAAGUCGGGAUCCGAAACCAAGACUAAGCUUAAGAAAGAAGCACCCCCUCAACUGGAUAUAGAAACUGUGAAACGACUUCCACAACGAACAUCAAAGGUGGUACAAUCCUAUAGGACGAACGAGUGGGCUAAGCAUUUGGAUGAUGCGGAAGCUCCCGAGCCUGAACCGAUAGAGUCAGUCGAAGAGGAUGAACCAGAAACCCCUGAUGAAGUUAAAGAAGCCGCUGCACCUGUCAAAGUAGAAGAACUGCUGCAAACACCUUUGAAUGCGCAGCCGUCGCCUGCUGUCGAGAGGCGUGUCUCUAUCGCCGAGCCGCCUGUUACAAAGGAAACUAGCCAGAUGGUCACCGGCUCUCGGUUGCAGUCCAGCGCUCGAGUGCAUAAGAGAGCAUGUUCCGGGCCAUCUGUCUUCCCAGAAACUAAAAUUGCCCAUGCUGCACACCCAGGAACUCAAGACCAACCGGUUCAAGGAGUUACAGAUGCCGCCAAUGCCUACGACGCGGUGUCUCCUACAGUCGACUCAGGGGAACAGCCGCGUGAAGAGACCGAGGUUGCCAGACCUCAGUGGAAAGGGCCGCCCCCUCUCAUCGCAGUGCGCGAGGGCAUGAUGCGAAACAGAUUGUCAUCUUUCUCGCUUAGAGCCGACCCCUGGUCAUCGAGGUUCGUCCAGGGAUCCGACGUUUCGCCCCGACAAUCAACUUUCCCCAUCCCCGAAGAAGCAGACGACAUGCCUCUCUCCCGGCGUCGAACAAUGCUGCAUCAGCAGAUGGCUGUGCAGUCUAAUGUAAGUCAAACCUCCGUGAGAAGGAGUACACCAACCCCACUCAACACACCAAGCUCAUUGGCGGCAUGGCGGGAAUCUGUACGAGAAAACGUAUACGACAGGCGAAGACCGGCAGCCCAGAAGCCUCCGAUGACCAGCCAAGGGACGGGUGAACGGAAUCCAGCAUCUUCCAAGAAGCUGCGGGGAAGAGCCUCGUCAGUCAAGUUUGAGAAUGCGAUGGCGGAAGGUAUGCAGCGAGGAGACAUGACAGACUUGCAUCGAGAAGCCUUGCGACGGAUGCAAGCCAUGGCCAAUCGAAAUGUGAUUGGCAAAUGA